AGUAUCGCGAGACUUGACGCCCGACUUGUGCGCCCGGGAAACCCCGUCGCUCCCUUUCCCCUGGCUGGCAGCGCGGAGGCCGCACGAUGCCUGGAGUUACUGUAAAAGACGUAAACCAGCAAGAGUUCGUUAGAGCUCUGGCAGCCUUCCUUAAAAAGUCCGGCAAACUGAAAGUCCCCGAAUGGGUGGACACAGUCAAGCUAGCCAAGCAUAAAGAGCUUGCACCCUAUGAUGAGAACUGGUUCUACACACGAGCUGCUUCCACAGCACGACAUCUGUACCUCCGGGGUGGCGCUGGGGUUGGCUCCAUGACCAAGAUCUAUGGGGGGCGUCAGAGAAAUGGUGUCAUGCCCAGCCACUUCAGCAGAGGCUCCAAGAGUGUGGCCCGCCGUGUCCUCCAAGCCCUGGAGGGGCUGAAAAUGGUGGAAAAGGACCAAGAUGGGGGCCGCAAGCUGACACCUCAGGGACAGAGAGAUCUGGACAGAAUCGCUGGACAGGUGGCAGCUGCCAACAAGAAGCAUUAGAACAAAAGGAUGCUGGGUUAAUAAAUCGCCUCAUUCGUAA